AUGGAAGGAAUAAAGCGACCGUUAGACGACGUUAUUUCAAAUGAAAAUAAUAACAAAAAACGAAAAUUAUUUGUAACAACAGAUAUAUUCGCUGAUUUAGAACCUGUUACUUUAUUUAAAUCUUGUUAUGAAAGUUUAACCGAUGAACUUAUUUAUAAAAUCUUUGAUUAUCUUGAUGUUAACGAUAUUUAUUUUGGAUUUUUCUAUCUUAAUAAUCGAUUUCAAAAUUUAUAUCUUAAUUCUAAUAUUGCAUAUCAAUUAAAUCUUUCGAAUAUAUCAAAAAGAGAUUUUCAAUCUUAUCAUCAUCAUGUUCUUAAACCAAAUCACGAUCAAAUCAAAAUUCUUCAUCUAUCGAAUCCAUUUACAAUUGAUUUGAUAUUUUGUCCUUCACAUCUUAUUAUUAAUUUUAUUCAAAUUGAAAAAUUAAUAUUAGACAAUAUUAGUUCAAAAUAUCUUAUUAACAUUCUUAAAUAUUUAAUUCAUUUACCACAAUUAUAUUCAUUGAAUCUUUCAAUUAUUGAUUGCAUUGAAAAUCUUUCGCCUAUUUUUCUUCAUAUAUUUUGUUUAACAAAAUUAAAAUCUUGUCAAUUAACAUAUCAAGUUGAAGAAGACUUAUUAAUUGAUUUUACUCAAUUGGAACAAAGUCCAAUCGAAUAUCUUAUUAUUAAUAGUCAUUUUCGAUAUGAAUCUCUACAAGAAUUUUUAAUUUGUCUUCCAAAACUUCGUCAUUUAUCAAUGAAUUCUCUUAUUGGAUCAGACCAUCCAUCAAAAAUCGAAUUUGCUCCAAUUGAACUUAAAGAUUUAAAAUCAGUUUCACUUGAACUUUAUUCAAUCCAUUUUCAUCAAUUGAAAAACUUAAUUAAAAAUUGUUUUAAACAUAUUGAGAAAUUAAGUAUAACAACAUUUAAUGAUUCAACAUAUUUAUCUGGAAAACAAUGGCAACAAAUCAUUUCAUCUUCAUUACCUAAUUUACGUAUUUUUGAUCUACAAAAUAAUUAUAAUUCAAUGUGGAAUAAAUUUGUAUAUGCGUGGUUAAGUACCGAUUUUCAAUCGAGCUUUUGGAAAGAUAAACAAUGGUUUUUUCAACAUUGUUAUAAUGGUGAAUUGAAAUCAAAUAAUGGAAUCUUUUUCUCAACAAAUCUAUAUCGAAGAAAAGAUUAUCAAUUUUAUUGGAAUGGUGAUCAUAAUCGUACUAAUUCAAAUAUGAAACAAGAUGAUUUUAAAUCAAUUCACAAUUUAUUUAUACAUGAUGCACCAAAUGGCAAUGAACCUGUUAGUUAUUUUCCAAAUGUAAAAGAAAUAACAAUUUAUCAUUGUGAUUCGAUUUUAACAAGUCUUAAUCGAAUUCUUCCUUUACAUCAAUUGAAUAAAUUAGUUAUUGAUUCAAAGAAAUUUCGUGUUAAUGAAAUCUUGAAUUUAAUUAAGGUUGCACCUAAUUUGAAGACAUUUCAAUUGUUUUAUUAUUCAUUUGAUGAAAGUCGAUUAAAAUUAAUUGAAGAAAGUGAGAUAUAUCAAUCUGUAAUAAAUAAAAAUAGAAUUGAAAAUUUUCAAAUAAUUCAUUGUUGUUCAUUAAAAGAAAUCUCGUUUUUUAUGAAUUUAUUUCCAAAAUUAAAAUUAUUUGAAACUGGUUUAUUGAAAAAAGAAUUUAUUUUCAUAACACAAUAUUUAUUAUUAAAUAUGGCUCAUUUGAAUUUUUUAUGUAUUAGAGAUUUAUCAGAAACUUAUUUAGACAAAAUCAAUCUUUUAAUUGAAUCAAAUAAUUUACUCAAAGAUUAUUCUAUUAAACUUAUUGAUGAUGAUUUAUUUUUAUGGUGGUAG